GCCACGUUCCCCACCCCCCCUGAGUAAUAUGGCCGCGGUGUGAUAAUCGCUCCACUCGUCGUCACCCACCACCAGGUCGCCGCCCCACACAGGACACAACACAAGGCAACACGUGCGGCGGCGGCGGUCGUGUCGCACGCUCCGUGCGAGUUGUAGCCAACAGCACCAAGAGCGGAGCUCCCACCACCACAACAACAACACCACCACAACAACAACACCACCACAACCACCACCGCCGCCGCCUGUGCGGUGUGUUCGGCUGUCGUCGGUUCGUCGUCGGGGAGAACUUGCUUGUCGAAGCGGGUGGACGCGAUGACGGGACGCGGCACCGCGAGCCGCUUCCUGCAGGCCGUGCUGCACAAUGGCGUGGGCCGGUUCGUGUGCCAGCUUCAGAGGGUCACCUUCGUGCUCAGCAAGGAGGCGCACUCGAGCAGGCACAUGAGGGAUUUCGUGGAGAACCAUUUGGUUGACUUUGCAAGGCAGAACAAGGCGACGGUCAUCUACGUCGUGCCGAGAAAAGAUUCAAAACCAAGGGUGAUUGCAGAGUACUUGAAUGGCACUGUUCGAGAUGUUUCGGUGGAACGCAAGACAUCAGAGGAGAUCCUGUCACGAGUGAAGCUCAUGAGCACUCAGUCGGGGCUGGACAUUGUGCGGAUCCGCAAACCGUUCCACACCGACUACCCCAGCAUUCAAGGCAUGUGGCACCCCUUCACCAACAAGCGACCGACCAUUAAUAUCGAGAUGCAGAAGAAGAUUGCUGCCCGCGUUGAGACGAGCAAAGGAGACGCCAGCGUAUCCUGAUCCUGUACAUGAAUAUACUAAACCUGAUCGAACACAUCUACGAACUGAAUGUUGUUGUUUUAUGUUAAACGAUGGGUUUUCUCAAUAAACAAAUUUGAUUAAACGACAUGAAAACAAUCGGUAUUGAAUAUUUGAAAAUGUAACAAAACUGUAUGCUCAUGGCGUUAAUAAAAGUCAUGUUGGUAUGAAAAA